UUGCUUAUCUUACACUUCGUUACGAAUAAAGGUAUACGUAAAUGUAUUCUCCCAGUCCACACGCAUGCGCCUUGGAACAAGCCGACCUCAAUGUUUUUCUUGUCGGACUGAGUGUUUUGUCCAUGGUGCUCAAGCUAUGAUUCAUGUUACAAGGAUCUAAAUGGUCAAGAAAUAAAAGACAGAACUACCCUUUGCCAUGAGCCUUAUGUCAGACCUGGUAGAGCUUAGCAGGCAUCUGCAGCAAGAGCGCCUCUUUGUUUCUACAGAAAGAGAACAGCUGCAGCAGCUGUAUGACAAUGUGCGUCAGACAUCAGAAAAACUAUUGCACGUGGCAUGGAUUGCCCGACAUCAGAAAUCAAUUCUCAACACCUGCAUGGCACAUGGCCAUGAUGUCAAGGGGAUCAAUGCAUGUGGACAAAGUAAUGAAUUAGAGAACACCAACUUUGUUGACUCCUACAAGCAUUUCAGUCAUCACGACAGCAAAUUUGGUGACCUUCUAAAAUUUCUAUGGGAUAAUCCAGUUUUAGUAGGACAGUGUAUCUAUGAAGGUGAAAAAACGGGAAGUUUCAACCUGGAGCGCAUCGUUACAACUGUGACAGCCUCAAUCUUUGGAGGCUGCAUGUUCAGAGAGGAUGAGACAGCCAUGCUCCAGAUUCUUAAACUGUUGACAGAGAUGCAGCUUGCUAAUGAUGACAACCCUAGACGUUUAUUAAGACGUGGCAGCUGUGCAUUUUUCUUGCUGUACAAACAGCUAUGUGACUGCCUGUUCUCAGCCCGCCAGUUCCUAACAGCAACUCUUCAUGAUCCCAUAAUGCGUUUGCUAAUGGAAGAUGAAUGGUUUUAUGAUAUUGACCCUUCAAAGGCUAUGGUUCGGUUUCCACCCAAAGAACGUCAAAAGCGUUUUGGCGAUCCUGGAACCGAUGAAUAUCGCACAAAACAACAGAACUACCGCAAGUUUAUUGUGGACAAAUUGGUGAUGUUGGCCCAACGUUUUAUUACAUCUAUAAAGGCCAACCUGCACUGCUUUCCUCCAGCCAUAGCCUGGCUCACCAGCCAUGUUUUUACCUCACUUACACAAGCGGGCCAUGUGGAUACAGCUGAGGUGCGAGCUGCUUGUGCAGACUUGGUAUUUGCAUUGUUUAUUUGUCCAGCCAUUUGUGAUCCAGAACCUUAUGGCAUUACUUCUGAUAUCCCCAUCAGCCAUAUUGCACGCCACAACCUCAUGCAAAUAGCUCAGAUUGUGCAGGUUCUUGCUAUCUCUCGCUGGGAUGAGAUUGACCCAAAAGUCAGAGAUUUGUAUGGCCGCUUUGAAAAGGGCUGUAUGUCAUCUGUGCUUGACUGUUUUCUAGAGGGUCCUUGGGAUGAUGUGUUGUUGACCCCAGGAUCCACACCAGCCAACCUACUAAUGAGAUCAGCAGUCCUUAUGACCCCAUCGGAAGUCAAAGGAAUGGUGGCAUUCCUGCGACAGACAAGUACCAACCUUGACGAUAAGCUGCCAGGCAAAAAGCAGCUUGAGCAUGUUUUGUCCUCCCUGCCACUAGAGGUUGCUGCCUUACAGAGUGAUUCUUGUCUUCCUAAUACCUCAUCAUCUGUCAUACUAGACUCUGUGGCAGCAGCACCAGCACCUGCUGGGCUUAGCACACCAGAUACACCAGGUUCACAAAGAAAACUCUUCAAAAACAAAAGUGUGAAGAAGAAACAAUCCAUUACUAAUCUUUAUCAACUGGGGGAGGAAACAGGCAAUGAUGCAGGAGACAGGGAGAAAAUAUCAGGACUUGAAGAUGUUCUUGUAAUUACAGUUGUUCCUCCUGCAGACUGCCCAGGAAUGAUUGCAGAAAAAAAGGUGUUGGCGUGGGAGUAUGAAAAUAGGCGUCGAAAAGUGAAAUAUCCUUCAGCUUUGUCUGAAAGUAUUGCUGUACCAGGAACAGAAAUCCAGGAAAAAAGAACACGUUUCUCAUUAUCACAUGACCAAGAAUCCAUUGGUAACACUAGUGACUGCCAAGAAGCUAUUUCAGAGGCUGCCUCAAGUCACUCUGUUGAUGAGAAUGAGUUGGACAAUUUCUCUGACAUGAUGUCUGCUAAUGUAAGUGGACGAGGCUCUCCCAGCAUCAGCGGCCGUGACACACCUUUGUCCCAGGCAGGUAGUGUAGAGGAAAAUCCUCGAGGUGCUGCAGAACUGCCUGUACCUGUGCCUGAGACGGUGCAGAAGCAGAACAGGGUUGAUGUGACUGAUCGUUUUGGAAAGUUUGAUUUGGAGCCUGGGGAUGAGAUAAAGUCAACAGUAAGUGAUACAUGGAGCACCGAUGUCCUGGCAAGUGACUCAGAGCCUCCGGACCAGAAUCAGUUGGAGAGAUUGGAGGAGGUGGCUGAGGAGAUGAGUCGCCCAUUUAUUUUGGCAGCCAGAGACCAGGAGCCUGUGUCGGAGAUAUCGGAGACAGCCAGUGAUGCUUGGAGCACGGAUGUCCUCGCUAGUGAUACUGAUGAGAAGAACUCUGAACUUCUGAAAGAGCUUGAUGACCAAGAUGAGGUGAGCAGUAUUGUUGACAGAGAUGAAGCUGACAGUUCUGUGGGUCAGGAGGAUAUUGGAGCAGAUGAAGUCAACCUUGAUGCACUUGGUGCUGUGGGUGGUGCUGCUUUGAGGUCUGAGGAACUUUCUGAUUUUGGUGACAUGUUGCAAGGCUCACCAGAGAGUCCAAAACAAACCAGAGAUGACACAGGUGAGCCAGCAAGGAAGGGUAACCUUCAGUUUUCCUCACCUCACUCAAUUCAAGGAAUGCCACUCUCUUCUCAGUCCUUGCACCCUCCUCAGUUUCACCGUUUGGGUCAUGGGAGCAAACAUGAGGGGAGGCAGGCAGGUCUAGAACCACAGCACAUGGUACGAAGAGCAUGGAAAGAAAGACAUUCAGACCCAGUAGAGAGGCAUCACCAUCAUCAGCAAUAUCCAAAUUCCAGCAACCAACAAACUGGAGGAAAUGGAAACAGUGAUGUGAUAGCAUUGCUACCCAGGAAUUCUGCGCCACACCACUCCAUUAACCCUUCCAUCAACGUCUGGGUCAGUACUAAUGGGCAGGUCAGUGGCAGAGGGGCUGUGGUUGACAAACAACAACAGGCUAGUUCACUGGCUGCUUCUGGAAUUCCAUCUUCUGGUCCUGUACCAAACUUUAAUACUCCUCCUCCAGUACCUCCACGUCCUUUGUCAGUUGAAAGUUCAUCCAGCCAGUCACAGGCUCGUCAACGAGAAAGUUAUAACAAAGACAGAAUGUCUCAAGAUAGUGGCAACCCACUUAUAGAAAUAACUGAGGAUGUUAGGUCUUUUGAUUCACCUUCUGAAUCAGCAGACCUUUUGAUAGAUUUGGAGCACGCUGAGCCUUUAACUAUUGCUGAGCAGCAAAAUACAUGCAUCGAUGAAAAUCGUCUGUCAGCUGCCCUUAGCAUGUUUGAUCCCUUUGCCUCAGAAGGUGAGGCAGAUGGGUCCUUAAACAAUGACAUCAACGCUAACUGUAGCACCAGCCAGAGUACAAGUGUGUUUGGUGUGUCUUCUGGUGCGGGAGAUAAUUUGGGCACUGUGUCUUCGCAUUCAGUGGACAGUGCUAUAGGACUGCUCUGUGAGGAUGAUUCAGCUUUUAAGGAUUCUGUGGCACCAAAAGCAAAAGAAGAGCCUUCAGAAGCAGAUGCUCCAUCUGACAAAGACACAGUGGCAGAGAGGAGCACCAGCAACACUGGUUCAUUGUCUUCACAGCAUCAUGCACCUGACAACAUCUCUAUCCGAUCUGAUGAAAAGGAUUUUCAAGAAGGAGAAGAUGGAGAUCGCUCUAGCAAGACACGUGGCUUCUUCCGCACAUUUUUCCGAGAUAAGCUUCACAAAGGCAUUAAAAGAAAGACAAAGUCUGACAAAGAAUUUUCAGGUGUUGAUGGACAAGAUGCUGAUGCCAGCAAGGGAGCUCGCAACGUUGGGGAUGGAUUAGAUGGCACUGAGAGCAGUGGUGGCAAAGUUGACACCUCUGAUGACAUCCUGGCCAAGUACAGGACACCCAAAAAAGGAGCAGUGUCCAAAAUCCCCUUAGAAAACAUGGACCAGGCUAGGGAAUCUACCCUGUCACAAAAUGGCGAAGAGGAGAAGCUUACAUCAGCACAGGUGGAAGAGAACACCCCUUUUCUAGAUCCCAGUAAUUUGGAGACAUGUUUUGCUUUUCAAGAUGCCAAGCGCAAGUUACGCCUGGUUCUCAGUAUGUGCGAGAUUCAGCCAGCCUUUAUUCAGAUGCAGUCUCACAGCCCAAGGCAGGGGAGUGGCAUAGCACGGGAGCAGGAUCUGGUGUACUUGUUACGAUGGCAACUGGCGGAGGCAAUUAACCUGCAGAACAAGGACUUGGUCACUCGUCUGCACGAAGCCAUCCGUUGUGUCAAACUCUUUGAUGCUGAUGGGAGCAAGAAGCUGCUAAAGUCUCUACGUGAGGAAUACAGGAACCGUGCAGCCUACAUCUCCUACUUGGUUCGCUGUCGACAAGGACUUCUGGCAGCUCUGGCUCACCUGCAGAAGAUGCUGAACCGUGUGGAGAGGGAGAGGGAGAUCUGCAGGAAGCACCUGAUCAGCGUUUGUGUUCGUCUCUUCAUUGACCAACAUGAGCAGCAGGUCCUCAAGUUCAUUUCAAAAUUCCAAAGUCUGGCAAUGUCAGAUGAAAAGACAGAUCUGGUGGAAGAAUUUCUUCAGUAUAUGUACCAAGAGAUGUCCCAGGACCAUUUGUGGAAAGCUGCUUCAGAAAGCCAGUCAGAAGAUGGAAAACAAGCCAUUGAGCGGUCACUGAUGAGUCGUAUUUAUACCCACGCCAUGUUUCCUAAUGGAGAUGGAGACAUCCUACGUGACCAGUUGAUCCAACAGCAUAUUAAAAAGCUGAGCGCAAUCAUCACACCCACCCACAGGGAUCUGCGCAUUCCACGUGUUUACCACUUUGAGUGCCCCUGGCCUGCUGCUCAGCGAGACAUUGUCAUGAUCAAUGCCUACAAGACUCCCAAGGACAAGCUGAAAUGUGUGUUGCGGUGUUCCCAAACCAUCAUGAACCUGCUGAGCAUGGCCAACGAGAAGACAGUCCCAGCAGCUGACGACUUCAUGCCAGUCUUGAUCUUUGUUCUUAUCAAAGCAAACCCUCCUUGUCUUCUCUCCACCAUUCAGUAUGUAGAAAGUUUCUAUGUCAACCGUCUUCAGGGUGAGGAGCAGUAUUGGUGGCUGCAGUUUAGUUCUGCAGUGGAGUUCAUCAAGACCAUGGAUUAUUCAGAGUAGAUAGGUUGUGGCCAGGCCACCUAUUACAAGGCUGUUUGUAUGUGUGUAGUUGUGACAUGCUAACAUCAAGGGUAGGCUAACCGCCAUCAGCAGACCAGUGAUGCCUCCCAAGUACAACAGUAGCGUGAAUGUGUAGAACUAGAAGUGCCUGAACAGAUUAGCAUUUAGGAUCAAAUACCUAUCAGUGAUUUGUAAAGAUCGGCGCUUUUCCUGCUGUACAGUAUUAUUAAAGUAUGUAGAAGUAAAUAAUGUUUUUAACAUUAUAAGAGCUCGAGAUUCAAAUCUCUUGAGAGGGACUCCUUGGUGCAUGCUUGUAUAUGCAAGAGUAUAUGUGUGUGUUUGUGCAUGGGUAUAUGUAAGUAUAUAUGUAAAAGAAUUUAGAAAAAUUUAUAGUCAUUUAAGACUGGGGAAAGUUCAGGCAUAUAAAUUUGCCAAGAUUUUAGUAGAAGCACACAUUCUGCUUCAAUAUUGGGUUCAAACAACAUUAGCUACACCAAAGUUUUGCCACUUAACCAGUUUGCCAAGAUGAGGCUUUUUUUUUCAUAGUUACGAGCUUGUUCCAGCUCUCCCAUUGGCUGAGGCCUUCGCAAUGUUAACAUGUUCAUGCACUGUACUGACCUCUGCAUUGUUGACCUUGACCUGUGCAUGACAGAUCUUGACUUUUGUAUUCAUUUAUCUCAAGAACAAAAGAGGGUGUUCGCCCAGAUUUGGGGAAGUAGUAUAUUGUACUACGCUUUACACAAACAUUAUAAACAACUGUGCACCCCAAAGGUCCUCUAAGCCUUCUGUUUUUUGACCUUCUGGAUUAUCUUCCAAUUCUGUUUUAAUACUCCGAUCUCUGCCUCGUGGGCUGUUAAGUUUGUUAUCCUGAACUAGCACAAUAACUUUGGUCAGAGUUCAAUCUUGGAUGAUUUUGUUCAUGUAUGAUUUGUGUUCAGCUGUCAAAACAAGAUUCAGUAAUUUUUCCAUACUGGACUGGUAAAAUAUUGAGUUUGCUUUUAACUGUUCUUUUAUAGACCAUAAAGCUCUGAUUGUGACGUGCUGAAUUGUAGCAGCAGUUUAUGUUUUGUAAGUUUGAUUUAAAUGUUUUCAUGUUUUGAAUAUUUAUAAAGGGAAAAGCAGCAUGAAUUAAAGAAUUUGGACACAUAAACAUCAGUUUAUAGCCAUAGCGUCAGAUCAGACAUCAGUAUAAGAAUACUGCUAAUGAGUUUCAUAUUCAUACAUAUCAGCUUGCAAGAACAUUUACAGAACUAGAAGACAUAAUGGCAUAAUAUAUCAAAGUGUCCAUUUAGUUACAUAUAGUUUUAUCUCAAUCUUGUAUUAAAGAUAGAACACAACAGCCAAAAACUUAAGACUUUUAAAAUCUUAUGCACUUUCAUGAAAGACUUUAUAUGUGAAGUGUUAUAUUUAAAGACUUUUCAGAUUUUGACUUUUAUGGAACUCUUGAAAUGCAACUGACAAUGAGAGGAAGGUAGCAAUUGUCUGACAAAUUUUGGCAAGGACGUUGAGACUUAGAUUAUUCUUAGUUCACGAAUUGGAGCUCACCAUCUAGUCUGAAACAAUGGUUGCACUUGGUGGUCAAGGUGAAAAUUAAGCUUUUUCUUUGGUGUAUACUCUAUAUUGAUAGAGUAGUCUUUGUACUUAUUGGUACCUUUGGUUAUCAGUCAUAGCAUCAUCUACAAAAUGAAUGAAAAAUGAACUUAACUCUUCAUGCAGUUCACACAUUUCGACGGUCACACUCUGUGGUCUUGUUUAUGCUGAGCUUAAAUGUAUGGGAAAGGUGUAAUAUUCUGAGUAAACACAUCAGACACACCGUAACUCCCAAACAUUUUUUUUCCAGUGGCAGGCAGAUUAUUCCACAUUAUGCUUGCAUCAUGUGACUGGCUGUUAUGCAGUCUCCAUUUAUGCAUUCACCAGUUGUUUUCUUUCUGACAGUGCAUUCCAUACAGUUGUCUGAAUGUAACUGUGAUGCUGCAUUCCUUACAGUCAUCUUGAUGAGACUGUGAUUUUUUUUUUUUUUUUCAUAGUUAACAGGGUUUUGUUGAUGUUUCAACUUUUGAGCAGUUCACAUGCCAGCCUCUUUACCCUCCCAGGUUAAUGGCUUGAUGGAAGAAUGUCACAGGGAAUGCUCCCCUGAUUUGCAUUAAGGCUCAGAUGAAAGAAAAUUUGUACAGCUUGAAAAGUCAGUAUUUUAUUUUCUGCAGGGUUACUGCCAAUAAAUCUUUCAGAAAAAUCUGUCAUUUGUAUUCUAAAUAUUUAGUUGUGUUUCAGUAAUAAAUCACUCAGCAUAGUCCUUCAUGUGUAAACCUACUAGCCUAGAAGAUAAUGUGCUAUGUUCAAAUUGCACAUUCCUUGCUGGCUAAAAUUUCACAAGAAUUUAAGGUACUGACAUUACCAUUAUCCCUUGUGAAAAGUGCAGCAUUAAAAACAGAGUCUGAUGUAUGGAAAUGAGAAAUGUUGACAAGAAGUGUGUGGGCAGGAAGCCAAUUUAUUAUGUACAAACAAGUUGUGGGUUUCUUUUUUGGAAGCUUUGUCAUAUGAUGAUUUGUGUACAGACCAUGUCGGGAGCAUUGUAAUAAACAGUGAUGAAGCAGC